AUGGGUAAAGCAGGAAAAGGUACAGGUAGUCGUGGUAAGCACCACGGUAAGACUCAUUUCCUAUGCCGUCGUUGCGGCCAGAGAUCCUAUAUGGUUCAGAAGAAGCGAUGUGCUUCUUGCGGCUAUCCAUCAGCAAAGAUGAGGUCAUAUAACUGGGGUCAGAAAGCAAAGAGACGUAGAACAACUGGAACUGGUAGAAUGAGACACCUUAAGACCAUGGCUAGACGUUUCAAAAAUGGAUUUAGAGAAGGAACUAUGGCAAAGCCAUUGAAUGUGAAAGUUCACAAAUAA